AUGGGGAAUCUGCUCUACUGUUUCAAGCGGUACAACCCCGGACAAAAACUCAACCUCAACUUCAUUGCCGAUCCUCCCCGUCUUCCUGAAGGCAUAACUGAAGAGAUGAUCGAGGACUACGAGGGGGAGGAUGCCCCAGAAGAGACUCCUACCGAGGAGGCCACUGCCGAUGCCGAGGAGGCCACUACUUGA